AUGCCAUCGACUUAUGGUGCAACCUUAAGAGUCUUGAUUGAAUUAAACCAAAAACUUUUAUUACAGAAAAAUAUAGAUUUCAAUCAUGAUGAAAGUAUCAAAAUGAUCGAUUUCGGAUCUGGUACGGGAGCAGUGGCUUGGGCAGCAAAAGAAGUUUGGAAAAAUUCAAAGAUUGAUUAUUAUGGACUUGAGAAAUCGAGUAGUAUGAUUUGGUUGAGUGAUCAUUUACUUAAUCCUACUAAUGAAAACGAUCAUGAUACUUCUACAACAGAAUCCGAUCUGAAUGAUCAGAUCCACGAUGAUUCGAUUAAUUCUAAAUCGAACCUUCAGACUUCAUUUCAUCGUCUUUCAAUAUCUCCGCAUAAAUUAGACAAUAGGAGGAAAUUGAGUACAGAUGAAAAAUUGUUGGAAGAGUUAGAAAAGUUAGAGAAAGAAGAGAAAGAAUUUCAAGAAGCAGAUGAAAACACUAAAUCAAUCGAAUCCAAAAUUACAGAAGAAGAUACCCUAAGUUCAAUCCAAUCAAAAAUCAAAAACAAACAAAAUCUAAUAGCAAUCAUGUCAUUUACAUUAAGUGAUUUACCAAAUGAAGAAUCAAGACGACAAGCUAUCUUACAACUAUGGAAAACAGGAGCCAAAACUAUGAUAAUUAUAGAUAGAGGUACACCAUCAGGAUUUCAAUUAAUUUCAAUGGCUCGACAACAAUUAUUAAAUCUAGGAAAACGAAGUUCAAUAAGCCAAGAAUCUUCAUGGAUCUUAGCACCUUGUUCUCACGAUUUGAUUUGUCCAUUAAUUGGAUCUAAACAUUUUUGUCAUUUCUCUCAAAGAAUUCAAAGACCUAAAUUCUUAAAAGUUACUAAACAUACUUUGAUUGAUGAAGAAGAUUGUAAAUUUUCUUAUGUGAUUGUUAGAAGAGGUUUAAGAGAUGAAUGUAAGUUUGAUGAAGGUAGAUUUAGUUUGGAUGAUCAGGUUGUUGAAGUUGAUGAUAUCAAGAUGGGUUCGAGCGAUCAAGUGAUUGAAUCAAAUCAAGUUGAAGACCAUCAAGUUCAAAGUAAUCCAGUUAAUUGGCCAAGAAUUAUCUUACCACCACAUAAAAAGAAAGGACAUGUAAUCUUAGAUGUAUGUUCAUCAAGUGGUCAAAUUGAAAGAAUGACAAUACCUAAAUCACAAGGUAAAUCAGAUUAUUAUGAUGCAAGAAAAUCACAUUGGGGAGAUUCGUGGCCACAUGGAUCUAAAAAAGUUCCAUUAGUUAAAGAAAUCAAGAAAGUCAUUAAAAAAAGUAUAUAA